AUGAAUCAUACAGUUCAAGCGGGAGCUUCUGCCUCUACAGAGGGCCCACAUAACUUCCAUGUCGGAUGCUGGCCAAUGAUCCAAGAACUCUCCAGCCAGAUCUUGCAUCUGCGCGUGAAUGUCUGCCAGGCGAAUGCGGCUGUUGAGACCGAAAGAGGAAAAUCCCGGCAUGAAAUCGAGAAAAUCCAGAUCGAACUGGAGCACGAAAAACGCACCAAUGAGCACCUGAAUCAACGCCUGAAGGAUGCCUUGAGCCAGUUGGAAGAAACGAAGGUCAUUGCCACAAAUUAUGAUGAAAGGUUCAAGCAGAUGGAGGAGCACAACACGUCCCUUCAGCGGAAGGCGCAUGAGAUUACCGAAAACUCUGAAUGUGUAAUUGAGAAUUUGCAAUCUCAGCUAGCUAAACUGCGUGGCGAGGACUGGAAAAGACCCGAGGGCCAAAGCAUUGGCCAGCUUCUUGUGGAAUCGGCUACGAACAGAGUGCUGCUUCAGGCAAGGGAAAAGCUGGAUGAUGGCAAGUACGAUGAUAUUUUGACCGAACUUCAGAGGGUUUCCGAAUACAAUAUCAAGUAUCAGAUGUGGGUUCGAGAUCUGAAAAAAGAGAAUGAAGAGUUGCUGAAAAAGGUUCAAUCUGGGAAGGAGGAGUUGGCCAACCUUACAAAAGCAGUCGAGCUCAACAACGAAGAAACUGUCCGACCAAGGAAAAGGACGCGCAAGAAUAAGGAACUUGUCAUCAAUACAGCUAUCUAG